AUGGCUGAGCAACUCGUUCUCCGCGGCACCCUCGAGGGCCACUCCGGCUGGGUCACCAGCUUGGCCACGUCGCUCGAGAAGUGAGCAGCGGCUGCGUGCAGCGAUGUUCGAUCCACAUGCAAUACAUGUACUGACAGCGACGGCAGCCCCAACAUGCUCCUGUCCGCCUCCCGCGACAAGUCCCUCAUCAUCUGGAACUUGACCCGCGACGACACCAGCUACGGCUACCCAAAGCGCUCGCUCCACGGCCACUCCCACAUCGUCUCCGACUGCGUCAUCUCCUCUGACGGUGCCUACGCUCUUUCGUCCUCCUGGGACAAGACUCUGCGUCUGUGGGAGCUCUCCACCGGCCAGACGACCCGUCGCUUCGUCGGACACACCAACGAUGUCCUCUCCGUCUCCUUCUCCGCCGACAACCGCCAGAUCGUGUCCGGUUCGCGUGACCGCACCAUCAAGCUUUGGAACACCCUUGGCGAUUGCAAGUACACCAUCACCGACAAGGGACACACCGAGUGGGUCUCCUGCGUGCGCUUCUCGCCAAACCCGCAGAACGCGGUCAUCGUCUCUGCUGGCUGGGACAAGUUCGUCAAGGUGAGUUGCAGCACACCCACGUCGCCCCCCUCAGAUGAUGCUACAUUUAAGUAUUUGCUACUUCAGAGCCUCCCGGCCAUGAGACACACUUUGCCUUCACCGGCGCACUGAUUCGGAACACAUACCCAUGUCCAGCUUACAUGCCAUAUUCCGAGCAUACAUGCUGACUUGGAAUCCAUAGGUCUGGGAGCUCUCCACCUGCCGUCUGCAGACCGACCACAUGGGCCACACCGGCUAUAUCAACACCGUCACCAUCUCCCCUGAUGGCUCUCUCUGCGCCUCCGGUGGUAAGGACGGCACCACCAUGCUCUGGGACUUGAACGAGUCCAAGCACCUCUACUCCCUCUCUGCCGGCGACGAGAUCCACGCCCUCGUCUUCUCGCCCAACCGCUACUGGCUCUGCGCCGCCACUGCCAAGGAGAUCGUCAUCUUCGACCUUGAGAAGAAGAGCAAGGUUGAUGAGCUGAAGCCUGAGUUCCUCGAGGGUGGCAGCAAGGCCCGCGAGCCGGAGUGCAUCUCCCUCGCCUGGUCCGCUGAUGGCCAGACUCUGUUCGCUGGUUACACCGACAACAAGAUCCGUGCCUGGGGUGUCAUGUCCCGCGCAUAA